AUGGCAGCUCCCCCUCCCUAUACCGGAUAUAACUUCACUUCGACUAUUCAUAGAGACAUCAACCCCUCUACGGACCCCACUAAGAGCGACCUCUCUCAACCAUCCAAGGUCGUUCUCAUCACCGGUGCUGGCCGCGGAAUUGGGCGCUCAAUCGCCCUUCAAUAUGCCGCCGCCAACGUAGCCACCGUGAUCAUCUGUGCACGAACGGCUACCGAACUCGAUGAAGUCGAGCAGGACAUCCACAGCAUCAAACCCUCCGUCAAGGUCCGCAAGCUACCACUAGACAUCAGCAACGACGAAGAUGUCGCCGCCGCAGCAACAAAAGUCAAAAUCGAAGAAGGCCGUCUGGAUGUACUGAUCAACAAUGCAGGCGCAAGCGACGAGUGGACGCCUAUUGACGAAGGCGAUGUGAAACAGUACUGA